UCACGUUAUCCAUAUUCACAUGAUGAUAAUAAACCACAACAAUCAUAUAUUGGAUUGAUUGCAAUGGCAAUAUUAAGUAUGCCUGAUGAGAAAAUGGUUUUGGCCGAUAUAUAUCAAUAUAUUCUGGAUAAUUAUUCAUAUUUUCGUAAUCGUGGACCAGGAUGGCGUAACAGUAUUCGUCAUAAUUUAUCAUUAAAUGAUUGUUUUGUUAAAUCAACCCGUAGUGCCAAUGGUAAAGGUCAUUUUUGGGCAAUUCAUCCAGCGAAUCUAGAGGAUUUUAAAAAAGGUGAUUUUCGUCGACGUAAAGCACAGAGAAAAGUUCGACGUCAUAUGGGACUUUCUGUACCGGAUGAUGAUGACGACGAUGAUGAUGAUGAUAGUCCAAUUUCAUCACCAGUACCAUUGGUGGCUGCUAAUGGUAAACCGCCAAUAGCGGCAGUUAAUCGUCAAUUGGCUUAUCAUCAUCAUUCAAUACCAACAUUACCACCGCCAUCAAUACCGCCACCACCAUCUUCGAUUGUACCACCAACGGUUACACCUACACAGCCAUUAUUACCUAAUCAUAUCGUUCCAACAAAUGCGGCCGCAUUUCUUGCAACACAACAUGCUAUAAAUUUCUUUCAAACAUUAACACAUCGAUUCGCAAUGAAUCAAUCACAGCAGCAGCAACAACAACAACAACAAUCACAACUUCAUCAACAACAAAAUGAAAUGGAUGUCAUCUACAAACGUCUGAUGGGAUUCGAUAAUCAUAAUGAAAAUGUCAAACAACAACAUCAUUAUACAUCAUUGAUGGAUAAACAACGAUCGAUGAUGAUUAACCAUCAACGAUCAGCCACAAAUCGUAUGGAAUUCAGUAUUGAAAGUCUGUUGGCAUCAAAUAAUGUGGACAAUCAUCAUCUGAAUCACAAUCAUCGUUUGAAUGUAUCACCAUCAUUAAAUUUUGGUUCAGAUGAUGAUGUAGAUGAAGAACUCAUCAAUAAUGAUAAAUCAUCAUCAAUUAUUCCUGAUAAUGAAUCAAUCAGUGAUGACAAUUCAUUAUCAGUGAAACAAGAUCAAUAUGAUGAUGAUGAUGAUGAUGAUGAUGAUGAAAUUGUGGAUCUGGUUACUACAACGACCACUACGAACCAACAACCGGUUAAUUUGAGCAAAGAUUAAUUCGAUCAAUUUAGAAACAAUUUCAUACAAACCUUU